CUAAUAAAGUGAAGUUCCAAGUUAAGAUUUUGCAGGAGUGAAUAUUGAAGAAAAACAUGUAUAGAAAUCUGUUCAUUAGUCAGGAGUAGGGAUGUUAACCUAGCGAGCAGCUCUGGAGGAAUUAAAGAACUGCAUCACUAAUGUUUCUACACUAGCCUCUAUUUUUAAGCUUAUACUGCAAAUCUAUUUUCUAAACAGGUUCAUGUACUUUAUGCAAAUUAAACGUCAUCAAACUAUUUAUUGAUGCGUAUGUUAGGAACAGUUUUUUCCUCUUGUGUGUGUGUUUACAGUAGACACAUGCAUACUAAAAUAUAUUUCAUGUGUAUUUCCAGUAUACAACUGUCUCAACACCCUUAUUAUGCCUUGUAAUGAUUAACUGGCUUUGAUAUGACCCAAGUAGGACUUCUAAAAUGAGAGCCUUUAAGUUGUCUUCCCCACACAAACACACACACACACACACACACACACUCGCAGAGUCACCCUCCCCCCGGCACACGUGCCACCCAGUGAGCCGUCUCACUCUGGCAGGAACAGGCACUCCUGUAUGCUGAGGAGCAGCUGCUCUUCAUCGCCUGCACACAGGUGGCUGCAGUUUGUUAUUCUGUCCCCAUCAGUGAUACAAGUGCCCCCCUUGUUUUGUUUUUUCACAUUUUUUGAUUAUAUCCCAAAUGUGGAAAAAACAACGUUGGAGAUCUUGUAAGGGGCGUCGUGACACGGUGACGCAGAGUACAGAAUGUGAUCCGCCUUCCAGCAGUGGAAUUUCCCAGUGUCCUGCUUUUUUAUAGAGAUCGCCGAUAAAGAGUGACGUAGAAAAAGCUGGCAAGGAAGUGUGGAGUGAUGACAUGGGCUGAAUGGUAUUUUGCAUUUUGCCAACUCUGUACGUCCUCUGCGAGCCAACUGAACAAACACACUCUGAGUUGUAGUACUGUCUGUUCCUUGAGGCAAAGUCCUGCGUACGGCUUGUGACUUUCACUCACAUGAAGCGUUUUCCACGUUAUGUGGCUCUCUGAUGGUCUCGAUCACAAUGCAGGGAAUGCAGAUCCCUUUAAGUACAUUAAAUACAGACUUUUUUUUAAACAUUGGUACAUUUCGCAAAGAAUCAUUUAAUGUAAAAAUUUGACACUGAUAAAUCAUCCCAUUAUUUUUCACUACCUCUGUUUUUAAAAGUAUCACAGAAUUUUUUCAUAAUUCUUGAGGUGUUUUAGGUUUGUUUUUUCUCUCCAACUUGACCCCUAACCGUAGUUGUUGCAUGGGUGUUUCUGCACUACCCAGUGAAGGUGUUUCUCUUUUUUUAUGUCUCUUAGUGUGUAUCUGAGAACUAGGCCAGGACAGUGUAAACAUCUGGCUGAAUCCAGCACUUGCUGCCUGUUGAGAGCCAUGACAGAUGGAAAGGGAGCGUAUGGCUCAAACACUUCCAUCUUUGACUGCACAGCAGUUGUCUUCCCAAAAUAGCCCGUGCUCUACGGCCUUAUAUGUGCAGGCCUGUGUGGUGUGCCUGAGGGGGCAUCAUGUAUCUAGGCCACACAAUACGGGCUGUGGGCUCAUUGUUGCUGCUUACCAGCAGGCCUAUCACUGCCCCAGGGACGAAGCCUAUCUCUAUGUCUCAGGACAACACACCAUGCAUCUCAUUCAGCUCAACCGUGAGUGUCUCCUUCACCUUUUCUCCUUCCUGGACAAGGACAGCCGGAGGAGUUUGUCCCUCACCUGUCAUCAGCUGCGUGAGGUCUUCCUGGACCCCUGUCUCUGGAAUCUACUCCACUUCAGCUCCCCUUGUCAGCUCAGGAAGGACAACUUUGUGCUGGGACCCUCGUUGCGUUACUUAACUAUUAGUUGGUACUCCAGCAUGGUCCUGCAAGUGUGCAACAUCGAGGACUGGUUGAAGAGCUCGUUUCAGAAGAACAUCUGCAGUAAACACGAAAGCCUGGUCAGCACGUUCCUGGCCCAUGUCUGCUAUAUGUGCCCCAACUUGCUGUCGCUAACCAUGUCUGGCUGUGGACACAUCACUGACCGGGAUGUGAUUUCUGUGCUGCAGUGCUGCAGGAAGCUACGCUACCUCCACCUAGAGAACUGCGUCCGCAUUACUGACUGCAGCCUGGAGGGCGUGGUGGCUCACGGAGACAAUCUGGAGGAGGUGAAGGUGGAUUUUUGUAGGAAUAUCACUCAGGCAGGGCUGCAGCACUGUAAGGAGAUGAAGCCAGCCCUUCAACUGACUGCUGAGAGGAGCGCUGACUUGAUCCCCGACAGCAAGCCUGAGGAGAGGGUACCAAUCAGGAGGACACUGCAGAAGGUCCUGCAGAAUUCCUGAUGGUAGCUGCUCACACCCACACUAACUGGGACCAUAAAAGAGCAUUCCUGUAACUUACUGUGUAAUGACUCUACUGUGAUGUUUUGUAUGAUUUGUAUUUAAUUUUACUUUGUUGUACCUUUUAUAUGACACACAUUAAAUAUAAAUUUCUUUUAAAUCUUGAAGAAAUAGUUUGACAUUUUUGGAAAAACGUGUAGUAAAGAUGAAGAUGCCACCAGGAGCUGCACAAACUAGAAACAGGAGGGAGCAGAUCGAUUCUAUCAAAAGGUUAAAAAAAGACAUUUAGCAACUGCAGAAACACAAACUGUUUUCACACCGCAGCCCUGAACUUUUGUUGAUUUUGAGAAUGUGACAACACAAAUGGAUAGACAUAGCUGGACUAGACACAAAACGAUCUUUGACCUGCCAGCUCGCUUGUACAAAGUCUGUGCAGCGUUCGAUUGGGUCAGUUUGUGCCCGUGUGAGAGCAGCUGCAGGUAUCAGUCCCGUGUAUCCAUGGCCUUUGCUCUGCACUCUGCACUCUGCUCUCUCUAUCCAGAUAGUUCACCUGCCAAACACGCUAAACCAAACACAGUAGUGUCUGAGGCAAUCUCAAGCUAUGUCCCAAGUUGUUUUCCUGACAUUGUCCAGAGUUCCCAUGUGCCAAAUAAUGACAAAAUGACAAAAUUUGAGUUUGCAUAAGGGGUCACGUGACCUGUCUCUUGGCCAGGACUAGUUGACAGGCAACAAAUGGAAACUUCAGGAAGUUUCUUCUUCCAGCAAAGUAGCUGCUGUCACACUGAAUGACAGAUCUUCUUUUGCCUUGUCUUAUUUCCAGCACAGGCAUAGGAGUGUUAUCAAUCAUCUCUGUGUAUCUCCAAAUGAUUGAAUAGUCAUUUUCCCUAAAUGUCAAACUAUUCCUUUAAUAGCAUUUGAUGGUUUGAUUACAUUUUUUACAACCACUCCAGCAUUAAAAAGUAAAAUACAUAAAAAACCCUCAAACACGUGUGUGGUCGUGAUCUCCAUCCAGAGAGGAAGGAUUCUCCCAAGGAAAAAUGCCUUAAGCCUGAGUUGUCAUCUUACGUAAUAGUGACAAAAUUAGGCUGAACAGGCGUGUCUGUAAAUACCAUGUGACAGAUUUAUGACAGGUGACUGCGGCAGCAGGGUACUCCUUAAUCGCUAGUUUCCGACACCCAGUUUUCCAAUUUUUAAUUAACUGAAGCAGUUCAAGUCGAGUGAAUUUGAUAUGAUACAAAGAUAAGAUGUAAACCUCCAAAGCUUAAGCAAUUAAACAUCAUCAUCCAAAAUCAUGUGAACUUCACAGAAAACUGGCUUUUUUGGAGAUUAGGAACUUGUUGAACAUACAGCUUUUGUACUGAAAAUUAAGCCUUGAAAGGCGAUGCAGGCACCCCAAAUUUUCUGAUUUCAUGCAAGCCAUCACUCUAUACCUAGAUGGUUUGGUAACAAACUGUUAUUACACUAAUUGAUGCAUUAUUACAAUAAUACUGUACUGUAGGAAAGCAGAAAAUGGUGAGAAAAAGGCAGGCAACAAAAGGAAGACAGACUGGUUAAUCGAGAGUUUCAUGUUACAGAAAGACUGUGACUCAAAACACAGAAAGAAAAGAACUAGAUGGUAAGCUCCAACAGGUGAAAGACCUGAACUUAAACCCUAUCAGGCUGGUUUGGGAUUAACUGAAUGGGCAGAAGAGUGAACGAAAAACACUUGUGGGAACAUCUGCAACGGUUUUGAGGGGGAAGAAAAAACUUUCCACGUAGUGUUUUAUUUCUAUAGUCAUAAGUCAUAAGGCUGAGUGAGUGCAAAUAUUGAAUGUUAUUUAUGAGACACACAGAUUAUGGGGGAUUAUGCUAAAUUAAAGAGUGUAUAUGUAUAUUUGUAUGAGUUUGACAAGAACAUCUGAAAAGCACACAACUCACUACUUGUCCUUAUCUAAUUAUUCCUAUUUUCUUUUUGUUUGGUCAUGCAAAACUGAUUAAGCAGUGUAAUGUGGUCCAUGUGGUUUGGACUACAACGGUGGCUCCCAGACCACAGAAUCCUGGACUCAGUGCAGCUGGGACCUUGGACGACCAGGUGGAAAAUACAGAGUGAAACUAAUAAGACUGUUCCUCCAAGUACAAUGCAGCACAUGUCAGUAAUACCACAAACUCCAGAAUGACCACAGAGUGAAAUCAAAACAUCUCUAAAACCAGUUCAACAAAAGCUGAACGUAAACCAGGUAGGGGUGGAAAUCAUUGCAUAACUGUUAGACUUCAUUAGCUGUCACUGUGCGUACCUAAAAAUCGACAAGUCAAGUUUUAUUUUCAUCUACACGUGGGAGAGGAUAGUCUAGCACGUACUGUUUUAAUCUUGGUUUCCAACAAAGCAAGCCCCAAGCCAACUAUAAUUAUCGUUCUGGACUGAAACACAGGUGCACUGUUUGGAGGCCAGACAACAAAAAGUGUAUUAUUUACCAUCAAAUACUGGCUGAAACUGUUAGGAGCUAAGUAGGGAGAAAAAGUCCUAAUGCACAUCCGGCUGCCUGCAGCAGUCAUGCACACAAACAGCACUGAGUGGCAGACAUGUAAAAACACGACUGUAUCAAAGCAUCACUGCUCUGCUUGUUUCUACCAGGGGCAGUGUUUUUAUGGUUGGAUGAUUGUGAGGGAAGAUAAUGAAGAAAGACCUGAACACGUGUCCAUGUGUUUUAGCAGCUACAGCUGAUGUAAUGUGAUUUUUCCUUUACAUGUGAAAAAAAGAAAAGGUUUUCACAGGACUCUUUGCAGUCCUGUGUGAAAAACUAAGUAAACCCUUACAGUUUCCCUAAAAAUUAAGAGGAUAAGCAGCAGCCAGGUGCUGCUAGUCAAAUCCACUUGAUGAACUGAUCAUCAGCAAGUGUGGGCAUAUCUAUAAAAGCGGAAGUUCUGGCAGUUUGCUGGUCUGGAGCAUUCAGGUGCUUGUUAACACUCCUUCCCAAAAGUGGAUGUGGAUGCAAAAUCACACUACAGGCCUCAGUUUGUGUGUUAAAUGUUAAAGUUCAUGGCAGGGAAACUAGGGUUGGAAGGGUUGCCAGGAGAAAGCCUUUUCUCACUUAAAAGAACAUGGCAGCAUGGCUUAUGCUGUAUCUGAGUAAACCACAAAACCUCAGGGGUAAUCUCCUUUGGGCAGACAACACCAAAGGAGAGAUGUUUAGCCAUAAUGCCCAGCACCGUGUUUGGAGACAACCAAACACAACAAACACAUCAUGUCAACUGUCAGACACAGCGGUGGAAGGGUGGUGAUUUGGAGUUGUUUUGCAGCCACAGGACCUGGUCACAUGGUUGCAGUCAUCCUUGAACUCCUCUGUAUAACAAAGUCGUUUAGGGCAGUGUUAGUUUUUGUAGCAACUUUUGAUUUAGUUUUAGACACGUUUGAACUCAAAUCAUAUUGUUUAAGUCAUAAUUCAGGCAUCUAAAUACCUUUAGUUUUAGUCCACUAAUUAUCACAAAACUUUGAUUAGAUUCAGCUGACAAAAAAAAAGUGUGAAAGU